AAUUAUUAGUGAAUUAACAUCAAUGUCUUUUUAAAUUAUGAAAUAGUAUAAUAGUAUAUGUACAUUAUUUUCAAAUUUUUAGUAAAUAGUUUAAGUUUUUAGUGAAUAAUUUACUCAUGUUAAAGUUCAUUCAAAUGCUGAGAUUGAACUGCAGUGAAUUUUAAGGUUAAAUGCCGAACGAUGAAUUAAAUCAUUAAUAAUUUUUAACAAGUAUUUAAAAUUGAAUAAUGAAAAUAUAAUAAAUCGAAAGAAAUAUGUCCUCUGAGUCCUACAAAGUUCGGCAGGAGAAUGAAAUCGAGGUUUUGAAGAGCAUCUUUGGAGAAGAAAUCCGUGAUUUACGACCUGAGAAACGAAAAUGGCAACCAUUAAAUUUAAUAAUCUCUUUGAUGCCUCAAAAAAGUAUGUCAUUAACUGAAGCAUACGCACAAAUUGAUUUACAUGUAAUAUGCGCUGACAAAUAUCCUGAUGAAGUACCAAAUAUACAGUUAGAAAAUAGCAAAGGUUUAUCUCAUCAACAAGUUGCAGUAUUACAUAAUGAUUUAGUGCAGCUGGCAAAACAAUUACAGGGGGAAGUAAUGAUCUUUGAUUUAGCACAUCAUGUUCAGAUAUAUUUGCACGAGCACAAUAAACCAAGCUAUAGUAGCUUUUAUGAAGAAAUGGUUUCUCGACGUCAAAAAAAGAUCGAAAUUGAAAAACUAGAAAAACAGUUGAAGGAAGACAAGGAAAGACAGAUAUUGCAGGAUGAAAUUCAAAAAAGACAAGAAGCUUUAAAAGAAGCUGAACGGAGAGAAUAUAAUGAACAAACAAACGAUGCAUCUCAGUCAAUACCAUCUUCUUCAUCUCCAGAGAAAUCACAAUUUUUAUGCAAACAUAAAGGCACAAAAUUAUUAAACUUCGAUUAUCAGAAAGGUGAACGACAAGUGUACAGAGGAAAAUGUAUGGGACAUAGUACUAAGGGAUCAAUUGUUUAUGCAAGUGUAGAUAUGAUAACUGGGGAAUUGUUUGUAAUUAGUGAAUGGACAUUAAAAGUGAAUAAUAAAACUGAAGAAAAUAAUAUUCAGCAUAUUAUGAAACAAGUAGGAAGUUUAGAACAAGAAUUAAAUCAUUUACAUAAAUUACAUCAUCCAAAUCUUGUUCAUUAUUUAAGCAUGAAAUACCUGCAAGAGGAGGAAAAUGUACUUAUUUAUGUUCUUCAAGAAUUUGUGGCAGGCACAAGUUGUUCCAUUUUUUUAUUGGAAAACAUCCCUGUAAAUAUCGAUUUCCUUCGAUAUUUAGCAAAUGGUAUUCUCUCUGCUUUAAAAUAUCUCCAUGAGAAUAAUGUUGUACACAAGGAUCUACGGGAUUCUAGUGUCUAUAUUGAUAACACAGGAGUAAUUAGAAUAUCAGAUUAUUCUUUAAAUAAAAGAUUAUCUGAUAUUUAUCAGACAUAUACAACGAUUAAUCCUGAGCCAAAUUUUCCAAGUAUACAAGGCAGAAGUGGAAAAAAAGCAGAUAUUUAUCGUUUUGGUGUUCUUAUAUUUUCUUUAUUAAAAGGAACCAUAGUUUCUGGAGAUAAAAUUGAUCCAACAAAAAUUGUACAGCCUAAUCUUCAAGAUUUCUUGUUAAAAUGUCUUAAAAAAGAUGAAAGAAAACGUUGGUCAGCUGAACAGCUAUUAGAGCAUUCUUUCAUAAAAACACCAUUAAUCCAUAUAUCAUUACUAAAUUUACCAAAUUUACCACAAGAAGAUGAAGAAAAGAAACAUCAACCAGAAGAACUUGAUACAGAUAUUAGACAAUAUGUAUCAUCGUUAGGUGGUCAUUCAAGAAUUGCAAAUGAAUUCGAAAUUCUUGAAUGGCUUGGUAAAGGUGCUUUUGGUGAUGUUCUAAAAGUGAAAAAUAAGCUGGAUGGUGGAAUUUAUGCUAUUAAGAGAAUAAAACUGAAUCCAAAAAAUAAACAACUUAAUAAAAAAAUUACAAGAGAAGUGAAAUUGUUAUCUCGAAUGAAUCAUGAAAAUGUAGUACGAUAUUACAAUUCGUGGAUAGAAAGUGCUGUAAUAACUGAUACAGUAGAAGAACAAGAAUCCAGGACAUCUUCCGAAAGAAAGAGUUCAGAACCGGUUACUAAUUUAGGAACAGAUGAUAUUGAAAAAUUUGCAUCACCUGAGCUUGAAUGGAAUGUUUCAUACAAAUCUCGAACAACUAACAGCGAUGAAGAUAACAGUGAUGCAUCAAGCGACACUGACAGUGAUGAAGAUGUUGCAUUUUUAGUGCACGAUUUGUUGCAAGUGGAUUUCUCCGAUAGUAUAGAGUUUGAAAGAGAUCCAAACCAAGCAUCUGCAUCAAAUACAAAAACCGAUGAAAGUGAAAAGACGAUUGAAUCAAAAGAAACGGUCCAAGAAAUUCAGUUUAUGUAUAUUCAAAUGGAAUUCUGUGAAAAGAGUACUUUGCGGACGGCGAUUGAUCGUGGACUUUACGAAGAUCAAGAAAGAGUAUGGAGACUAUUUCGAGAAAUUGUGGAAGGUUUAGAGCAUAUUCAUAAACAAGGAAUGAUACAUAGAGAUUUGAAACCAGUAAAUAUAUUUUUGGAUAGUAACGACCAUGUAAAAAUCGGAGAUUUUGGCCUAGCAACUACAAAUAUACUUUCAUCCUUGGCACAAACCGUAGAAACCGAUAAAGAAUCUCAAGGUCUUGAAAAAGGCACUGCUUCCUUCGCAACCGAAGAUGUUGAGUCUCUAACAGGACAAGUAGGCACGGCACUUUAUGUAGCUCCAGAACUUACAACAAAAGCAGCGAAAGCUAUUUACAAUCAAAAGGUCGAUAUUUACAGCCUUGGAAUAAUAUUGUUUGAAAUGUGUUACAAACCUCCAACUACAGGAAUGGAACGAAUUAAAAUUUUAGCUAAUUUACGAAUGAGAGAAAUUGUACUUCCACAAGAAUUACAGGCUGAUAUGCCACUAGUUCAUAUCUUACGGUGGUUAUUAAAUCAUGAUCCUAGCCAACGGCCCACUGCUCAGGAACUUCUUUCUUCGGAAUAUUUGCCUUCUGCACAACUUGAAGAGACGGAAUUACAAGAAAUGAUUCGACACACGCUUUCCUAUAAUCAAAGCAAAGCAUAUAAAUAUUUGAUUUCAUGCUGUUUUAUGCAAAAACUUAGUCCUGCAGAAGAUAUUACUUUCGAUAUGAAUUUUCCUAUUAAGAAACAUAUCAACUCUAUUACUUGGAAAAAGCACGAAGAAGUAGUAAAAGGCAAAAUAAUUGAAGUUUUUCAAAGACAUGGAGGUGUUUAUUUAGGGACUCCACUUUUCGUACCAAAGUCGGAUCAGUUUUGUAGUUUCUCACCUUCUGCUGUAAAAUUAAUGACUCGUAAUGGAAACAUUGUUUGUAUACCUCACGAUUUACGCGCUACAUUUGCAAGAUACAUUGUAUGGAACAAUGUGUCGCACAUUAGAAGAUAUGCUAUUGAAAAGGUCUUCAGAGAAAAAAAGGCGUUAGGUUUUCAUCCCAGAGAACUUUAUGAGUGUGCAUUUGAUAUAAUAAGUCCUACUCCUGGUAAUCUUUUAAUGGAAGCUGAAUCGGUAUAUAUUGUUUGGGAAAUUAUCAACGAAUUACCUUCAUUGCAAGAACGAAAUUUCAUUAUCCGUCUAAAUCACACUUCUUUAUUACAAGCUGUAUUAAUGUAUUGUGGAAUUGAUAAAGAAAAAUAUCAAGAUAUUUAUUCAAUUCUUCGAGAUGCACGUGAUAAAAAACUUACGAAGUUUCAAAUACAGACGCAUUUAAUAAGUUUAUGUUUAACUGAUCAAGCUAUGGAGACGUUAUUUAAUUUGUUUGAAACUGAAAGUUCUGUUGCUAAAAUUCAUAGUAUUUUAAAAACAAUUACACGAAGAAAAGGAAAUGCUGCUGCUUUAGCUAAAAAAGGACUAGAAGAAAUUGAUUUGGUUAUGAAGAAUAUUGAAGCACUUGGUGUAAAGUGGCCAAUAUUGGUAGUACCUCUUCUAGUACACAAUAUUAAUCAACAUAGUGGUAUAAUUUAUCAAAUUACUCAUGAGAUCACACCUAAAAAGAAAGGUGGAGAAGUAAUAGCAGCAGGAGGUCGUUACGAUAAAAUGCUUUGUUCUUUUAAAAAUAUUCUCGAACGUACAGGAAUGGCCAAUAAAGAAAUUAAGCAUUAUGGCACCGGAAUUAGUAUUUCAUUAGAGAAACUUGUUUCUGCAGUUUCGGAAACUUCAGGAUCUUUAGAAUGUAAAAACGGAAUCGACAUUGCCAUGUCUUGUAUGGGCAAUUAUCAUCGAGUAAAAGAGAUGAUUGAUCUUUUAAAAGAAUUAUGGUUUUUUGAACUCAAAGUUACAAUUAUAGAUUUAAUUUCCCUCGAAGAGAUCCUUGAAUAUUGUCGAGAAAAUUUAAUCAAUCAUGUUAUUCUUUUAAAAAGCGAAGAAAAAGGAAGUGUAAUAAUUCAAAGUUGGGAACGUGAUAGAUUUCAAGAAAAAAAAAUGAAUAAUCAAGAAGUAGCAGACUUUUUCCAAAGAUUAGAUAGCUCUUUGUCUGGUCUAAGUAAAUCCGAGAACAAAAUAGCAACUGAAAAUUUUUUGAGUACCAGCAAUCCAAUCAAUGUCAAUAUUAAUUUUAUUUUAUCUGAAAAGGAGAAACUUUCUAGUGGUUCUAGAAGAAGUUUGAAAAAUUCUAUAAUUGCACAGAUGUCUACAUAUCUCCAGAGGAUUUCAUCUAAAAUUCCGAUUGAAAUAUUGGCAGUAUUUUUACAAAUGAGUGUAAUAAGAACGAUAAUAAGUUUUUUGGAAAUUGACGAAGGAGAUGAAGAUUUUCUAAAGAGUAUACAAGUUAUUAUAGACAAACAUUCAAGAUAUAAGAAGUAUAUAAAAGAGAUAUGUGAAGAAAUGCAAGAACUAAGGAACGAAAAACAAAAACCUGUAUUAAUAUUGUAUAGUUUAAGUGAUAAUAAAUAUAUGACUCUUUUAUAAA